AUGGGAUUUUUCAUAGCGGCUGCUGAUGAGCGGCCUGCCCAGAAGCUGAGCUGGAAAACAGAACACCCAGUAUGGGUAGAUCAGUGGCCGCUGAAUAAACAAAAAUUGAAGGUGCUCAAUGAAUUGGUAGAAGAGCAGUUAGCAAAAGGCAACAUUGUGCCAACCACCAGCCCUUGGAAUUCCCCGGUCUUUGUUAUCAGGAAGCUAGGAAAAGACAAGUGGCGACUCAUCCAGGACCUUAGAGAAAUUAACAAAGUCAUUGAAGACAUGGGGUCUCUUCAACCAGGAAUGCCCUCCCCGUCGAUGCUCCCCCAAAAUUGGAAUUUGGCCAUUAUUGAUAUAAAAGGCUGUUUCUUCCAGAUUCCCCUUGACCCUGCUGAUGCCCCAUGGUUUGCCUUCUCAAUUCCCUCCAUCAAUCAAGAAGCUCCAAUGAAGCUCUACCAUUGGCAAACCUUGCCGCAAGGCAUGAAAAACAGUCCCAGUAUCUGCCAGUGGUACGUUGCUUCACUGCGGUCCCCAGUGCGUGCCAAAGCAAGAGAAACCAUCAUCCUGCACUAUAUGGAUGAUGUGCUGGUGUGUGCCCCCAAUGAUGAUAUACUACAGCACGCUCUUGACCUAGUUGUCAAUGUUUUGAUUACUGCAGGAUUUGAACUCCAAAAGGACAAAGUUCAACGGGUGCCCCCUUGGAGAUAUCUGGGGCUCCAAAUUAGCAAGAGGACCAUUACUCCUCAAAAAGUGAUGAUCAGAAACAACCCAAAAACCUUAGCUGAUCUCCACCAGCUGUGUGGGUCCUUAAAUUGGGUCAGACCCUGGCUGGGCUUAACAACAGAAGACCUAGCCCCCCUUUUCGAUUUAUUGAAAAGGGGAGAGGAACUGAGUUCUCCUAGGGUCCUAACCCAAGAGGCCAUGCUAGCUCUGGAGAAAGCUCAAGAGAUGAUGGCAAUAAAACAAGCUCAUCGCUGCCUGCCAGACUUGCCAUUUAAGUUUAUUGUUUUGGGAAGAUUGCCACACCUCCAUGGCUUGAUUUUCCAGUGGGAUCAAGGUCAGAAGGAUCCACUCUUGAUCAUAGAGUGGGUAUUCCUCAGUCACCAGCGGUCCAAAAGUAUCACCAGGCCACAAGACUGA